AAGAGACACGAUGGGAAACAAGUCAAGCAGGUUCAUAUAUCCGUAUGAUCAAUUCACCGGAAAGGUCAGACUGGAGUACUUCGAUCAUGAGGUGGAGGAUGUCGAUGGCAGCAAAUACUCACUACGCCGCCUGCCUUUUGAGGCUGUACCUGAUCUGUGCGACUAUGCGAGCAAGGAACCUUCAACUACUCACUUCAAUACGUAUUCCAAGCACUGGUUUAGAACCUUGAUCAAGACCGAUCUACCAAACUCUGAGCUGUACUUUCUGUGUGCCCAAGUGGACCCAUUCGUCAACCCGGGUUUCACAGAAGCCGACAUGCCCCGCCCUGUCAAAGGCAAGCUUCCAAGGCUAGAGCUACAGCAACUCCAAGCACGCUCCUUUAGAUCAGUCGUACAACUGGACGCGCAGGGCGAGGGUGUGAAUGCGAAUAAGGGGUCGCCUGACUACUCUAAAUACCCCAAUCCCUCGUACCACGUGCUACUAUUCUACUACUACGAUGCCCAGGACACUGUGCAUGCGAUGCAUACCACAGCCAUUCACUUGUCUUCUGAUGACAAUGGUCCUGACAACGGCAUUGAGGAGGCAUUUGGUACCGCCAGCCCUCCCAAAACACCCAAUGGGAGUAGCGAAUUCAAAGUUCCGGGCGUGACACCAAGCACUAGAACGCUCAACAGCCAAAAGUCCAAAAUCGAGCGCCUCCCAAGCAAAACAAGUACGGGCACGAGUAUGUCUUCUGCCAGUAGUUCGAGCCCCAAAUUGGGCAAACGGGACAAAAUCAGGAAAAUCUUCCGGCAUGUGAGUGGAAUUUCGGCAUCCGGGAGUCCGAAAACUGGCAAGCGUGAGAGGCUGAUGGGCCUACUUCCCGGUGAUUCAAGCAGUGACCCCAUCACCUCCGCAUGUGGCCAGAAUGCCACAGACCGUCCCCCGCCCAAGGCGAUACUCAACUGCCGGGCCAAGAUGCUGCACAGCAGUCCUUUGUUUACCAACAUGCCAACUGCCGGUACAUGGGAUCUACAGCGAGACCGCGAAGUUGGGACGGACGAGGAGGAGGCUGAGACUCACCUAGAAGCAAUCGCCAUACAGAAGUCAAUCGCGCAGGACUACACCGCCCGGCUACAGCUGUCCACGAGGCAUAAGGUUUUGUACUACGCGGUGAUAGCGGUCCAAUGUGUUGCACUCUUGUACCUGGCCGGCUUAUACGCCACCCAACUUUCACGGCUCUCUAAACUGGGCGCUUAUUAUGUGAUACCUUCGUCGUGAUCAUGUGGUGUCUGCUGGAGUUUGAGCCGGUGGCUUAUAUGGAUCUAUGACCGCAUUUCGCCAACACCGAACAUUAUCAAUGUUGCAAAUAAGUGCUGAAAUUGAUGACCAAGUUUCUAGCCUACCAGAGAUAUCUCCACUUCUUUCCCGAACCCGAAGUUCGGCACUGAACAGGAAUUUUACAUCAAGUACUCCCAUUCACCUUUCUGCAGUUGUGCCCAGGAUCAACUCUGCGCAUAAUGUUAUAGUACAUACAACGGUCCCACAUCCGCACCCGAACAUAUCAUUGGGAAACCGAUGUGAAUAUGGUUGCGCAGGUAGAGCCGGGUGUGACACGCGUGCACCACGAUGAUAGGCUGUAUUGUUGAGAAUGGGCGAUUGUAAGCACACAAUCUUGACCGAAGCAUACAUUCUCAUUCGCAUAGUUAGAGUAUGUCCGAUGCCUUGUUGAGCGCCGGGAAUACUGCUAUGGUGUCUGCUAGGCGGAUAACCAUUUAUAGCAGCUCGCUGAUGAAUACUCUGGGUUCGUGCUCACGUAAUGAGAGCCAUAGCUGUACAGAGAGACUUGCGUCUAUUUUAAGUUAGUCGAGGGACCCAUUACAAUUAUCUUUUAGAAGCAGGUGUCUCUGAAGUAACCGAUUUGGGAAUUACUAUACAAUUCACUUUGCCGGAGCUGUGAGAAGUCUUAGGUGACAUCUCCCUUUUAUACAAAUGUCUGCCCCUUUUCGUUGCGACUGCUUGGCAUUGUUCAACUCGUAUUGAUAAUGCGAAUGAAAUGAGCUGGCACAAUUCGGUCAAGUAUCCGAAGAUGAUGUAGAAAGCACUACCGUUCAACGUAGACUGCAGAGUGGGGAAAGCGACUACACUUCGGCUCACGUAUAUGGUGUGGCUUACACCGUAUCUGCGAUGUAUUGCCUGAUGUACUACCUGUGUCCAAACUUUCAUCAUCGUCCGUCUUUAACGCAGACGGAUCGAAUAUAUCACGCGCAUAACGUGGGAGUUAAUCAAACAAUAACCUAACGCAGAACACACACACCCGUACAUACGGCGCAAGAAUAUACUAGAACCGUCAUAUAUCUCUGAAAUAUCAUCAUGCUAUCUUAGGAGGACAAUAUAUUGGUCGUACCGCGCAGGACAUGAAUUUGAGAAUUAAAUACUGCGGC